AUGGACGUCAUCGAACAUGAUACCCCGAGCAAUCGGCGCGGUGUCUUUGCUGCUUCUGCUCAACGUGUACCUUUGCCCCCUGACAUCGAUCCUCUCAUGACUCUCGCUCUACCAGAUCAAGUUCCCAAUAUUUAUCGUUUCUGCUGGAUGGGCAUCCGAUCUGACAUCGACAAGGAAGUCGAUUUCGCUCUUCACCAUCUUAUUGUCAUUUCUGAUGAACGAGGAGACAAGCUCAAGUUCAGCGACUUUAACAUGUUGGCUGAGUCUCUCGUCAAGCAAGUUUUAAAAGUUUCUCUUCUCGUCUACGGCCAGGAAUGGGUCAUCGAGCUUGAUCACCCAAAUGAUACCCUCUCCCAAAAUCUCAAUGUCAUCUUUGCCUUAACUGGCACUCCUGAUCUUCUACAUCGCAUCCAAGCCAAGAAAAUCUGUCUCGAUGAUACCAAUCUCGAAGAUGAAUCGUUUCGCGUCAGGCUCCAGCGCGUCAACCAGGCUGCUCUCAUCAUUCGAAACAUGUGCCUACUCGAGGAAAAUGCCCGCUGGUUUGCCGAAGAACCACUGCUAAGGGACUGCGCAACCAUCAUCCUUAAUCUCCCCUGCCAGGACAGAUUCAUAGAACUGAAGAACUACUUUUUGGAAAUCGUCGAGCAAACCUGUCCCUUUUGGGACAUCUGGGACCAAGACCCGCUUUAUCAAACCUUCAUUAAGCUGAUAGGCAGUGAAGACCGCUUCCAACUGCUGACCUCGUUAAAAUGCCUCUCUUUGUUUGCCAUCGAGCGCAUCGAAUCCAAGAUCAUCGACAGGAUCCCAAGCCAGAUUAUUGAACGGGUAAUCCGCCUCACUCUUCUCAAACAAGACCCUGAGCUUCUUUCUGUUGCGCUUGAUUUCCUCUACCAGUUCUCCCGUUACCAGCUCAAUGUCCAGCAGCUCGUCACAGACUUUAAUCUUCCCGUUGACCUCAUACCGCACCUUGUUCACCUCUUAGACUACGGCAGUGUGGUCCGCAACAAGGAAAUAAUAGAUCAAGUUGAACGCAUAGCUCCGCCUCCCGACCAAAUUCCAGUUCCACACCAAGAUCUUUACCGUGAUCUCAUUAAACACAAUGAGCCCGAACGGUGCAGCCUCUGGCUCAAAUGCUGCUUCAUCGAAGAUCCAGAAUGUGAAAUUACCCAACUGGCAAUCUGGCAGGCCUACCAAGCAUGUUUCUCCCAAAACCGCAUCCCGGGCAUCCAAUCAGCAGAUACACUCCAAGCCACUGAGUUCAUCAACACGGUUAGCAAUACCUUCUCUUCUGCUCAGGCCAAAGUUGUUGAAGGCCCUUCUGCCCGGUUCAUCAUCCGUGGUAUCCGCCCUCUUGAAACCACCUACAAUCUUGAUGGCUUCCCUAGCCUUCACUGCCUGUGGGGCAAACAAGGAGAAAUCCGAUGCGAUCAUGUAUUCAUUGACCCUGCCAUUCUGCGCAACCAUGUGUUCCAAGAUCACCUUCAGUUCAAUCCCUCAGGCUCUGGCGGAUGGGAUCUACAACCACAACCUUCCAACCCACGCGCAUGCCACUGGGAUUACUGCUCGGAACAUUUAACUCCCACGCCGAACAUUGCACAGAUAGCUGGACAUGUCUCCGCUCACCUUCCCCCGCUACGAGACAUGAGCAAGCCACCACCUAUCCCUCCCCGAGCCAUCAUCCAACCUAAGUGUGCCCGGCUCUUUAAACUCUAUCCCACGCCUGUUGAUGAGCACGGUGAGCCAUACGGGAUUGCAUACAAGGCGCUACUUGUGAUGAGAUACAUUCUUCUCGGGCUUCCAUCUACACCAUCCGGUAGUCAAUACAACAACUUACCAUGGCGAAAGGUGGUCUUUGGCUCACAACGCUCACACUUGAUCGAAACUGCAACAGAGAAUCCCAGCUUAACAAAGGAGAUAUUUGGAUUCUUGAACGAGCUCGACUCCUCUUCUUAA